CAAGAACUGUACAGCCGAUUUCUUUUGUGGCUGACAAAGACCCCAAUUGAAUAUUGCGGGGUCCUCAUAUCCCAAUCAACAACCUCAUCUCAUCCGUUCGUCUAAUCCUUGCAAAACCAGAUCACGUCUGAUUGAUCCUAAAAACGGCCCCGUCAAACAAUGUCGGUGGCCACAAGAAACCCAUUUGCUCUCUUGGAUGAGGACAGGUCAUCCACACCACCACCUCCUCCUGUUGAGGCUGCAUCCCCCGCACCACAACAACAGCAAACUCGCGGACGUGGACGUGGAGGUCCUGCCUCUCGCGGUGGUCGCUACUACCCCCGUGGAGGCGCUGCACCUACACCUGCUACACCAACUGAUGACCAACCGGCAGCGGAGCCAAAGCAAAGGCGAUUCGAUGGCGAGCGCAAAGAAGGUCGUGGAAGAGGCCGCGGUCAAGGCCGUGGCCGUGGCCGUCCAUUCGACAAGCACAGUCAAACCGGCAAGACCGACUCUGACAAAAAAGUCCACAACUCUUGGGGUGGCGACGACGGCGAAACAGAGCGCAAAACUGAGGAAGCCGCUGCAGGCGACGCUUUUGCUGAGAACGCAACCACCGCCGCUAGCAAUCUAAACGAUUGGGCUGCACCCGCAGCUGACGCUCCUGCAGACGAUUGGGCUGCCACUCCCGCAGCUGACGCCGCUGCCGAUGGCUGGGCUGCUACUCCCGCAGCGGAAGGUGCUGAAAAGCCUCAAUCCGGUGAAAGGCGUGAAAGGCGCCCUGACAGGGAGGAAGAAGAAGACAACACCCUCACCUUCGACCAGUACCUCGCACAGCAGCGCGAGAAGGAAAACGCACUCGUUCCCAAGUUGGACGUCAGAAAGCCCAAUGACGGUGCAGAUGAUGAUGUCUUCCAGGGCGCUGCCCCAUUGCAGAAGAAGGAGGAUUUGGAGUAUUUCGCUGCAAAGACCAAAUCCGCCCCCAAGGCCCGCACCAAGAAGGACGAAAAAGUCUUCAUCGAGAUCGAAGCUCGCUUCGAACGCCCAAGCCGCGGUGGUCGCGGCGGUCGUGGUGGAGACAGGGGUGGUGAGCGGGGCCGUGGCGAGAGGGGUCGUGGUCGUGGCGGACGCGGACGCGGUGGCGCGAACGGUUAUUCCGCUCCCACAGCUGCCGUCAACGUGGACGACGAGACUGCAUUCCCCUCACUUUCGUAGGGUGUGCAUGCGCAUAAUUGGCGCCCCGAAGUUGCAGAAUGGCUUGAUGGCUUGAUUUAAUUGUACUGACUGACGCCGAUGCUGAUGACACCCGCUCGUAUACAUAUCAUUCCUCUGAUUCAUGUUUUUGACUGUCUGUUUUGUCUUUUUUUUUCUUACUGGCUUCUCGAGGUUCAUUGCAAUCCAUUUUGCCAUGAUGCACACACGAAA